AUGCAGCCGGGAAAGCAGCAGUCGGCUGCGGCCCGCAGACGUGCCACGUGGCAAGUGGGGCGAUUCGGCUGCAGAGGCGGCCGGUGGGUGCGGUGGGCGACGCUUCUGCUAAUCCCCGUGGCAUAUCUUCUGACUCUCCGCAUCUACCUCCGCCUGCACCCGGGCGACGCGACCAGCCACGUCAGCGGCGCGGGCCACCACAUGUCGCUGCUGCAUCUGCGCCUCAAUCCCCGCGGAAUGCGCGCGCUCAUCCGCGGCCAGGCGGCGGACGUGGGCAGGGGGAACGGGACGGCGGCGGGAGCGGGUGGUAGUGGGGGAAAGGCGGCGUUGGAUGCGCUGAUGGCGGAAGGCGGCGCGGCGGUGAAGGGAAAGGCGGGGGGCGCAAUGGGCGCUCAGAGCGCAAUGGCGCAGCUGGUGGCGGGGGAGGGGGAAGGGAAUCGGACUGGCGCAGGAGGAGGGGGCGGGGGGAGCGGGGGAGAGGAGUUGCGGAUGUGGCGGAGAGAGUGGCUAAAGGAGGGGCGCGCGCGGCGCAGGGGAGCGGAUGCCAUGCGGAGGAGGGGCGAAGGGGGACAGCAAUGGCGGGGAUAUGGCCCCGAAAAUAAGACAGGGGGGUCAUCCGCCCUUUCCCCACUCCCUCCCUCUUCCAACCCCCCCCCACCCCCCCAACCCCACCCCUGGCACCCCUCCACCCUCCCCCUCAUGGCUUCCCGCACCAACUCCCCCCUCUCGCUGUGCCUUCCCCUCUCGCUGUGCCUUCCCCUCUCGCUGUGCCUUCCCCUCUCGCUGUGCCUUCCCCUCUCGCUGUGCCUUCCCCUCUCGCUGUGCCUUCCCCUCUCGCUGUGCCUUCCCCUCUCGCUGUGCCUUCCCCUCUCGCUGUGCCUUCCCCUCUCGCUGUGCCUUCCCCUCUCGCUGUGCCUUCCCCUCUCGCUGUGCCUUCCCCUCUCGCUGUGCCUUCCCCUCUCGCUGUGCCUUCCCCUCUCGCUGUGCCUUCCCCUCUCGCUGUGCCUUCCCCUCUCGCUGUGCCUUCCCCUCUCGCUGUGCCUUCCCCUCUCGCUGUGCCUUCCCCUCUCGCUGUGCCUUCCCCUCUCGCUGUGCCUUCCCCUCUCGCUGUGCCUUCCCCUCCCCCACUGGCCAUCUGCCUGCCCCCUCCACGAGUGGCCAUCUCCCCCUCCACGAGUGGCCAUCUGUCUGGUGGGGGGAGCGCGCGAGUUCCACCUGACAGCGCCCACGCUGCAGCGCCACCUGCUGCCCGCCUACCCCUCCGCGCACGUCUUCCUGCUCGCCCCUCUCGACCACUCCGCCCACCGCCUCUCCCUCCUCGCCUGGCCCCACCUCAGCGCCGCGCGCUUGGGGGAACUGGGGGGGAGCGCGGGGGGGGCGGGGGAAGGGGUGGGGGAAGGGGGUGGGUGGCGAGGUGGAGAUUUUCCGGGGUACUCCCUCGUGCAGGUGAGCGUGCUGCCAGACGUGCCGGUGAAUGAGACAAAAAUCACCGACCGGCUGCUGGAGGUGGUGGAGGGCAGCGAGGCGCAGACGCGGCAGGGGUUGAUGCAGCAGUUUAAAGCCGUAGAACUCUGCGUUACCGCCAUCACGCGUUACGAGAAAACCCACGCGAUCCGAUACGAUUGGAUUCUGCGGACGCGCGUGGACGGGUACUGGAUGGGGCCGCCGCCGCCCCUGUCGGUGCUGGAUCCGAUUGCGUACACGAUUCCGGGCGGCAGCGACUGGGGCGGGCUGAACGACCGGCUGGGGAUGGGAGGCAGGAAGGCGAGCUGGAAGGCGCUGAGACGGCUGAGCGUGCUGCGGCCGCUGGUUGAGCGCGGAGGGUACUCGGAACUGAACGCGGAACGGGUGUAUCUGGCUCAAAUGGCGUUCCUGCAAGUGCAGGUGAGAUGGGAAUGCGGGUGGAAGGCUGUGAGGUGA